AUGCCCGCACUUAGUUAUACACCAACACACCAGCAAUGUGCUUUUGGAGACUGGGUUUCCCGUGGAUGGCUCUCAUGCACACAGGGGAUCAGACACAAACACAGGCACCUACAUGAUUUGCGGCUGACUCCCAGGGCCGCCGCAUUAUUCAGCUGGCUUUAUCAGCUGGCUGGAAAUUACCAUCUCGCGGCGGCGCCUGCUCACCAGCCGCAGCCCGCGGCCCAGCUGCACCGCACCACCAACUUUUUCAUCGAUAACAUCCUGAGGCCCGAUUUCGGUUGCAAAAAGGAACAGCCCCUGCCGCAGCUCCUGGUGGCUUCGGCGGCAGCCGGAGGAGGCGCAGCGGGAGCAGCGGGAGGAGGAAGCCGCGUGGAGCGUGACCGAGGCCAGACUGGGGCAGGUAGAGACCCUGUCCACUCUCUGGGCACACGAGCUUCGGGCGCUGCCUCGCUCUUGUGUGCUCCAGAUGCGAACUGUGGCCCACCCGACGGCUCCCAGCCCGCCACCGCUGUCGGCGCGGGCGCAUCCAAAGCCGGGAACCCGGCUGCUGCGGCGGCUGCGGCCGCAGCAGCGGCUGCAGCGGCGGUGGCGGCAGCGGCGGCGGCAGCAUCGAAGCCCUCGGACAGUGGCGGUGGCAGUGGAGGCAACGCGGGGAGUCCCGGGGCGCAGGGCGCCAAGUUCCCGGAACACAACCCCGCGAUCCUACUCAUGGGCUCCGCUAACGGUGGCCCGGUGGUCAAGACUGACUCGCAGCAACCCCUGGUGUGGCCCGCCUGGGUCUACUGCACACGCUACUCCGACCGUCCGUCCUCUGGUCCUCGCACCAGGAAGCUAAAGAAGAAAAAGAACGAGAAGGAAGACAAGCGGCCGCGGACGGCGUUCACGGCGGAGCAGCUGCAGAGACUCAAGGCGGAGUUCCAGGCAAACCGCUAUAUCACGGAGCAGCGGCGACAGACCCUGGCCCAGGAGCUCAGCCUGAACGAGUCCCAGAUCAAGAUCUGGUUCCAAAACAAGCGUGCCAAGAUCAAGAAAGCCACCGGCAUCAAGAACGGCCUGGCGCUGCACCUCAUGGCCCAGGGACUGUACAACCACUCUACCACCACGGUCCAGGACAAAGACGAGAGCGAGUAGCUGUGGCCAGCUCCGGGGCCCGCGGUCCAACGGCGCCCGUGCCACCUCCAGGCUCCGCGGGGCUGCCGCUUCACCGGCCCCACGCCGCCAUGCAGAGACGAUCGCUAAGGAGGGAGGCAUCAAUCAGGGCGACAGAGAAAGCGAGCGAGAGAAAACAAUCCUCCGAGUGGACAUUUACAUUGGAACAAAAAAAAAAAAACAAAAAAAAACGGUUUUUGAAACGGGAGAAAGACUCGGACAGGUGCUAUGGGGGAAAAAUAAACAUCUAUUCUCUAACUCACUGUAUAAGACGAAACUGCGAAUUCCUUAAAGCUCUAUCUAGCCAAACUGCUUACGACCGUGUAUAUAUUUAAUUUCAGGUAAGGAAAACAAAUAUGUGUAGCGAUCUCUAUUUGCUGGACAUUUUUAUUAAUCUCAUUUAUUAUUGUUAUAAUUAUUAUAAUUAUUAUAAUUAUUUUAUCCCUCCUCCCUAUCUUGCUGCCCCCCCCAGCCCAGUUUCAUUUUCGUUGCUCUUUUUCUUUGAAUGUUUUUGCUUCUCUGGGUACCUCCCGCACCCCAAAACGCUGGCCCUGGAUUCUCUGGGACUUUUCUUUGUGUGAGUGUGAGUGUGUUUCCUUGCGUGUCUGCCCUUCGCCUCUCCUCCACCCACCCAGGAUUCUUCUAUUGGUCUUGUCUAUGCCCCCCCUCCCAAGUCCCUUCCCUUUUCUGGAGACUCCUUGAGAAAUACAAACCCCACAGACUGCGAGACUGAACCGCCGCUACAAGCCAAAGAUUUUAUUAUGUUCAGAAACCUGUAGUCUGAAAUAAAAUGUUCACUGUGUUCAUGA